AUGCUUCCAGCGGUAAUCGGAUGCAUGAGUAUCCGCGUGUACGCGACAAACUCAUCAGUGCUCCAAUCUAUUAUCAACCCAUGGGUACAGGGCGGACAACAAAUCAUCCGAAGCAUCAUCCAGCUAGUGCGAGAACUACAAAAGGACCAAGUGGACCUGCAUAUUGGAUGGAUCGGCAGUGAACAAGACACUUCAGGGAUCUCGAUGGCCAAAGCCGCGGCCCAAUAUGCAACACGGAAGAGCUCACCACCCAACCCCCCGACUGGGCGACUCAACGAACAAGCACAUAAUCAACAGUUCUGGCAGGACCCUUUUGGUAAACACACUAAGGCGAUUGAUUCAGCACUUCCUGGAAAGCACACCAGGGACAUGUACGAUCAGCUCCAUAGGGAACAAGCAUCUACGCUGGCACAACUCCGAACUGGCCACGCUCGCCUAAACCGAUAUUUGCGUCGAAUUGGACAAACUCUAGAUGACACCUGUGAUUGUCAAGAAGGACCAGAAACUGUCAACCAUUUUCUAUUUGACUGCAAACUAUGGGAAUCACACCGUGGUGAGAUGAGAGCAACAAUGGGAAAUCGAUAUCGGGACACAUCUUUCGCACUGGGUGGGAGAUCACGAUCUCAAGGACCUACCGCACAAGACCUUGACCCAAGCAAGAACUGGACUCCUAACAUGGAGGUCGUCAAAUCUGUUAUCCAAUUUGCCAUGGCGACCAACCGACUGAACCGAGAGACAUAG